UCUGGACCUAUCUUUACUGUCCAAUUUGUUUAACCCUGAUGUACUUGCUUGGUCACCUGUACAAAGUCUUACAGCAAACGGGGGAUUACUGGGGGAAAUAUCGGGGCCACCCUUCCUGUCCAUGUUGUCCGUAGAGAUGCCCUUGAGUAGAUCGGCCCAUGUGAUGAGUCUAACGGAGGUACCGACGAAUUUUCCGGCCGUCGUCUUAGAGCACCGAGGUCUUUAACAGUCGAUUUCUUGGGCUCACUCUUGGUUCGACGCUCAGUGAUGGUAUUUGAAAUCACACAAAAUUUCUGAUUAUCAAGGAGAUUGGACUCUGAUUCGACCUCAGAAUCAGAGGGUUGGGAACAGGGGAUUUCAUCUUCUCCUCGUAAACUCUGGUAGCGAUUAGCGCUACCUGUUCCACCUUUCUUCAGCAGAGGUGUCGGGAGACUCAACAAUGGGACGUGUGGGCUUCGUCUUCCCUUGUAUUUAACCAAACUCCAACCGUCUUCUUCGAUUUGGGGAUGUGGUAGGGGUGGCUGGACCGGGGGCACUGAAGAGCGUACCUUCGGUCCCUCAAGAAGUUCUUUGUAGCUACAGGGCGGCCAGGGGAUACCAAAAUUUGUGUGUGUUAGCUCUUGGGUGAUACCCAGGAGUCCAUCUUCUGCGUACUGGUCGUGGCUUGGCGUGUUCAGGAGCCCAGUAAUCAAAAGGGUAACUACUGGUGCUGUGUGGCUCUCAAGAAUAAUUAUUUGGGCUUAUUCUUAUUGGGCUUCUAAACUAUACUGGACUGAUUAUAUUUUUAGCCUGUUAUAGCCUAUUAGCCCUUUAGUAUAAAUAGGCUUCUUUAACCUACUGUUAUAGACGAUUAACUUUUCUUCUUCUUCGUAUAAUCAAUCUUCUUCCGCUACUCUUCCUCUCUGCAAUUCGUUUCAACUUCUACAUGGUAUCAGACUAAGGUCUUGAUCGAUACUGAUUCAAUCUUCUUCUCUAAUCGAUUCCUCACAAUCGAUUUCAUCCUUCUUAAUCGAUUUCUAUAAUCGAUCUCUUCCUAUUCCUUUUAUUCAAUCAUCUGCAAAACCCUAACUACUAUGGCUUCACUGCUAAAUCCGACGGAAGACUCCUCAUCAUCGUACUAUCUUCAUCCUAGCGAUCACGUUGGGCUUCGAGUCAUCUACGAAACACUCACAGGCGACAACUUUGGUGCAUGGAAGAUAUCUGUUUCCAUGGCUAUGGCGGUGAAGAACAAGAUGAGAUUUCUCGACGGUUCAAUCACAAAACGAAGUCCAGAUACUCCUAUGUACAUCAAUUGGUAUCGUAUCAACGCUCUCCUCUUAUCUUGGCCGAUAUAUUCUAUUUCACCUGCUCUUCGCACUACUUUCUUAUCUUUUACUGAUGCUAAGGAGCUUUGGGAUGAGGUUCAGCUUAGGUAUGGAAAAAUUGAUGGUCCUAGACUUUUUCAUCUUGAAAAAACCCUAGGAAAUCUUUGUCAAGGUUCUCGUAGUAUAACUGAUUACUACAACUGUUUCAAAGAAAUUUGGGAUGAAUACUGUAAUUUCAGAAUUAUUCCUUCUUGUACUUGUGGUCAAUGCACUUGCAAUAUAUCUGAAACCUAUCAAAAAAUUAUCCAGAAAGAGUCUAUUCUCAAGUUUCUUGUUGGUUUGAAUGAUUCAUAUUCUAAUCUGAGAAGCCAAAUUCUUCUUAACACAGAAAAAACUACUCUGUCUAGUAUCUACUCUAUUCUUCUUCAAGAAGAAUCUCAAAGAUCUCUUCAGAAUACUCUUCCUUUCACUACUUCUUUUUCAGAACCUUCUGCUUCUGAAAAGCUCAACAAUGAUGCUACUGCUUUCUUUGUUAAAAAUUUAAAAAAAGAAAAGUUCUAUUACGUGUACUCAUUGUGGCUAUCAAGGCCAUUCUUCUGAUAAAUGCUUCCAACUCAUUGGUUAUCCUAGUAACUGGAAAGGGCCAAAAGGACAGAGAACUGCUCCUGGUUUUAAACCAAAUCCCAAUCUUAAUAAAAAUCAUCAUGCUCAUUUGGCCACUAAUUCCACUGAACCUGCUAUAACUCCUACCAAUUCAAACAACAACCAUCAUGCUCCUUUGGUUACAAAUUACACUGAAUCUGCUCCUACUUCUAUCAAUUCAAUUUCUGCUACCACUGAUUUCUGUUAUCCCAAUCUGUAUGAGAAGUUUCUGCAAUUUGUUCAAGCUCAACAAUCUAAAACUGCUUCAGCUAAUGUUGUCACCAUUGCUCCUGAUGAUGAUCAAACUGCUUCUUACUGUGACACAAAUUUUUUAGGACCACCUUACCAGCAAAAUGAUUGGCUUUGGUGAUUUAAGGAAUGGCCUAUACCACUAUACUCCAGACUCAUCUUUAGCUCAUCAUACUCCAACUGUGCAUUCUGCAAAUAGUCAACAUCGUACCUCAUCUGCUACUCUUUGGCAUUUUAGACUAGGGCAUCUGCCUUUUAAUAAAAUUUACAUGCUUUCUGACUGUAAUGUUUCUGAUAAUGUCAAACAAUCUUUACCUUGUGAUAUUUGCCAUUUUGCUAAACAAAAAAAGCUUCCUUUUCCUAUCAGUACUUCUCAUGCUUCUAAUGCUUUUGAUUUGAUACAUAUGGAUGUUUGGGGUCCUUAUAAAGUUACUUCUUAUACUGGUUUAAAAUAUUUGUUAACUAUUGUUGAUGAUUACACUAGAUGUACUUGGGUUUUUCUACUUAAAACUAAAUUUGAGGUAAAAUUUCAUAUGUUAAAUUUCUAUACUUUUAUUGAAACUCAAUUUCAAAAGAAAAUUAAGAUCAUAAGAACUGAUAAUGGUACUGAAUUCUUCUUUCCUGAUUUCUAUAAUUCAAAAGGUAUUGUUCAUCAACUGUCCUGUGUUGAAACUCCUCAACAAAAUGGUAGGGUUGAAAGAAAACAUCAACACAUUUUACAAAUUGCUAGAUCUCUUCUUUUUCAAUCUUGUUUGCCUAUAACUUUUUGGUCUGAUUGUAUACUUACUGCUGUGCAUAUAAUCAACAGAUUACCCACUUCUAUUCUUCAUAAC